AUGCUGUUGCGAUUUUGCGCUGUUUUGGGCAUCUACGCGCCUGGCUGCAGCAGUGAAGACCGCAUCUACGGCAACAAUGGGUCGCAUCGAGAAGUAGACUGGAACCUCUAUUCGACAUCUUACCCAUUUCUGGUUUCCCUAGUAUUCGAAGCGCCAGAUGACCAUCAAGUCUGCAGCGGAACGUUGAUCCAUGAAAACUACGUGCUGACAGCAGCCUCUUGCUGGUAUCCGGAGAGUCAGAAUAACAACUUUGAGGAAAGCAGCUUGGUGAAGCGCUUGUCGGUGUGGUUGCAUACACCAUCUGGCUGGCGCGUUGCCAGGCCACAAUAUCUCCACACGCAUCGGAACUUCAGCCGGGAGAGUUAUCGCGACAAUAUCGCCAUCUUUCAUCUGAUGACACCUCUGGUCGGCGUUCCAGUGGCAACCUUGGAGCAACAGCAGGUUGAACACGUGGGAGAGCAGGCACUUGUUGCUGGCUGGGGCGCGGCGGACAGCGAGUGCAAAGUGCGACCCAAACCCUCUGUCCUCAAGGAAGGUGACAAGCAGAUAGCAUCCUCUAGGCCUUGUUACUUACAGACGCUACUGGGCCGCGGUAAGGGCCCCUUCGAGCCUGGCAGACACAUCUGCACGCAAGAAAUUCAGUCAGGAUCAGCAGGCAUGGGCUGUGGUGACGAAGGUGCGCCAAUGCUCCUUCGAGUAAAUGGCACGACUGUUCAAGUUGGACUUUAUUCGCACAAGUCCGGGCUUCGAGACAUAUUCGUUCGUGUCUCUGCGUAUGCUGACUGGAUCAACAGCGUGCUUACUUACCAAAACUUUUGCCGGCCUCCAGACUGCUGGGGGGGUUGGGGGGGUCGUUAA